AUGUCGCCAACACCAGACUGGGUCAAGCAGUUGAAGCCUUCGGGCGCUCAGGGCCACGAGCUCCUCGCCGCAGAGCGUGCCAAUUCCAACAUUCCCGUCCAGAAGCUGGAGGAGCUGCUCCACACCAAAGAAGUCAUCCAGAGGCGGAACAAGAUCACCGAGCUGCUCAAGUCGGAGCCCGUCUUCGACAAGUCACAAAACUACUUCAUGGGCCGGACCGACCGAUUCGAACGAGCGCUCGCAAGGGAGAAGAGGUUGAGGAUCCUCAAGAAACAGCACAACUGGUCCUUUGAGGAUUUCAGAGCUGCCACAGAGCUCGUCGGCGAGCCCGGUCCUUACGGGCUCCACGAUAGCAUGUUCAUGGUCACACUUGCUGGUCAAGGCACACCCGAGCAGCAGGAGAAGUGGCUGACCAAGGCCGAGAAGUAUGAGAUCAUUGGAUGCUAUGCCCAGACCGAGCUCGGUCACGGCUCCAACGUCCGUGGACUCGAGACGACCGCCACGUGGAACGAGGACGACAAGACCUUCACCCUCCACUCACCGCACCUGACAUCCAGCAAAUGGUGGAUCGGCUCCCUCGGGCGCACCGCCAACCACGCCGUCGUCAUGGCCCAGCUCAUCAUCAAGGGCAAGUCCUACGGCCCCACCCCGUUCUGCGUCCAGAUCCGUGACCUGAAGACCCACGAGCCACUCGAGAACAUCCACGUCGGUGACAUCGGGCCCAAGUUCGGUUACAACACCAUGGACAACGGCUUCCUCCUCUUCAACCACGUCAAGGUGCCACACAUCAGCAUGCUUGCCAAGUACACACACGUCGACCCCAACACCAACAAGUUUGGCCGCCGCGGUGCCCCGACGCUUGUGUAUGGAACACUCACGUGGGUCCGUUCGACCAUCGUCAUGCAAGCCGGAAGCGUUCUCGCGCGCGGCGUGACCAUCGCUACCCGCUACUGCGCUGUUCGACGCCAGUUUCAGGACCGCGACGCUCCCGCUGGCGAGGCCGAGACACCGGUGCUCAACUACACCAUGGUCCAGAUCCGUCUGCUUCCGCUCAUUGCUGCUACUUUUGCUCUCCACUUCACUGGAAAGUCGAUGAUGGACAUGUACCAGGCCAACCAAGCCAGGAUGAGCCAGGUCAAGGACCAGGGCGACGCCAAGCGUGGUGCUGGGCCCGAGGAGACCGAGUCUGGCAGCGACUUGAUGGCUGACCUGCACGCCUCGUCGUGCGCGUUGAAGUCGCUGAGCAGCUCCAUCGCCGCCGAGGGUCUCGAGGUCUGCCGUCGGGCGUGUGGUGGACACGGAUACUCGAGCUUCAGCGGCAUCGGCCCGUGGUACUCUGACUACCUCCCUACGACCACGUGGGAGGGCGACAACUACAUGCUUACCCAGCAGGUAGCGCGCUACCUGCUCAAGUCUGCGCGCUCCGUCCUCAAGGGCGAACGCCCCACCAACGACACGACCAAGAUUCUGUCCGAGUUCCAGUCGCGCCGCGAGAUUGGAUGUGCGUUUGACGUGAUUGGGUCGGACAAGGAUCUUGUGGACGCGUUUGCAUGGCGUGUGUCGUUCCUCACGUUUGAAGCGUCCAAGCACCGCGACACGGAGAAGAAGCCGUGGAACGACCUGCUGGUGGACUUCUAUCGGCUGUCCAAGGCGCACGCGCAGUACAUGGUCGUCAAGAACAACCUGUCGGCGGUGCAGGCGAUUGCCAGCAGCAGCCAAGCCAACAACGAGACGGUGGACGUUCUGAUGAAGCUGUUCCGCCUCUUCGCACUGCACACACUGGAGCAGGAGGGCAGCGAGUUCUACGUCAGUGGCGCGUGCAGCAAGCACCAGAUCAUGCUUGCCCGGACCAACGCGGUGAUGAAGCUGCUCAAGGACAUCAGGCCGCACGCCGUCCGUCUGGUGGACGCGUGGGGCUUUGACGACUGGGUGCUCGACAGCAGUCUGGGCCGCGCGGAUGGCAAGGUCUAUGAAGACAUGUUCUACCGCGCCAGCGAGCUGAACCCGCUGAACAACAUCACCGUCGAUCCGUACCCGGAGAGCGGUGUUUUGUUCAAGAGGAUUGAAAAGUCCAAGUUGUAG